AUGGCUCUGGGGUUGGCGGAGGCCGGUUGCGACAUCGCGAUUGCGGCCCGCAACGAGGAGAAAAACGCCGCCGCAGUCGCUGCCGUCGAAUCCACCGGUCGCCGUGCCUUCGCAAUCCCCACCGACGUGACCAGCGAUUCGGACAUCGACGACAUGGUAUCCCGUGCGGUGGCCCACUUUGGUCAGCUGGACAUACUGAUCAACAACGCCGGCACAACCGUCCGCAAAUCGCCUGAGGAAAUCACCGCCGCAGAGUGGGACACUGUCCUGGACGUCAACCUGCGCGCCGCGUUUUUGUCCAGCCGGGCGGUUUACCCACACUUCAAAGCGCGCGGAGGCGGCAAAAUCAUCUGCAUCGGCAGUAUGUUCAGCAUUUUUGGCGGCGGAGGGAGCGGCGCACCCUACGCGUCGAGCAAGGGCGGUGUGGUGCAAUUGGCCAAGAGCUUUGCCGUGGCGUGGGCGCCCGACAACAUACAGUCCAACGUCAUCCUGCCCGGAUGGUUCAUGACCGAGCUGACCCAGGCGAUCCCGGAAACUCAGCCGGAGCGUUACGACAACAUCAACCGGCGCAUACCCAUGGGUCGAUGGGGAGAGGCGGCGGAACUACAGGGCGCAACGGUGUUCCUGUCCAGCCGCGCCUCUGACUACGUGACCGGUGCGGCAAUAACCGUGGACGGCGGGUAUUCGGUAACCUGA